AUGGACGUGUGGAACUUCUUUUACACUUGCAUGGUGUCCUUAUGGCUGCACAGAUUUUACAUCUAUUCUGCUGUUGCUGUUGGGAUCAGCAUUUGGGUCGUCAUUCAGUUCACCACGAACAAAACCAAAAAGAAGAACGAAAAAUCCAACAAGAAUCUUGCCACUUCUGAAGGCGUAGAAGACAAACUAGUAAAUGGAUAUGCCACCCUGCACGCAAAGGAGGUCUAUGUUGCUGGGGUAAAGAUUUUCUAUGGAUUUGCCAAAGGUCUGGCUGAAGGAGUUAUUUCCCUUAAUUUGCCUGUGGAAGUCAUUAGCAUGGGAGACUAUGAUCCAGAUGAUUGUUUAUCAGAGGAGACAACCAGCAGGAACAUUUGUGUGUUCCUGGUAGCUACGUACACGGAUGGGCAGCCAACUGAGAGUGCAGCAUGGUUCUGCAAGUGGUUAGAAGAGGCUGCGAAUGACUUCCGCUUUGGGAAAACGUACCUGAAAGGCCUGAGAUAUGCAGUGUUUGGCUUGGGAAACUCUGUUUACGUUGAUCAUUACAACACAGUUGGAAGAAAUACAGACAGGUGGCUGUGGAUGCUCGGUGCCAGCCGUAUCAUGACUCGUGCCGAGGGCGACUGCAACGUGGCCCAAAGCAAGUAUGGCAGCAUUGAGGCUGACUUUGAAGCCUGGAAAGCCAAGUUCCUCAGUCGACUCCAGGCGCUCUGCAGAGGGGAAAAGAAGCCCUGCAGCGGGAAGUGCAAGAAGGGGAAGUGCAAAUCUCCGGUGAAGCAGAGCAAGGAGAACUUGGAUCAUGAACAUGAGGCAUCAGAAUAUGAGGAUGCUGAGGCGGAGGAGCUGUUUGAAACCAGUAGUGAGGAGGAGGCUGAUGCUGAGGAAGCUGGAGGCACAAAUUCAGUCAUUGAUGUCGAAGAUCUCGGCAGUAUCAUGAGCCACAUGAAGAAAGCGAAGAGAGAACGUGAGCUCAAGGAAGGAGAUGUGGGAACAAGCUUGACUCGAGAGAAUGCUGGGGGGAAGGAGGAGUGUGAAAAGAGAGAGAUGAUAACCCCAGCUCUGAGAGAAGCUCUCACAAAACAAG